UUUCGCCCCUGCGUCCCGUGACUGUUCUAAACCAGGCUUUUGACGGUCACGGCGCAAACCACGCACACCGAGGGGGAUGCUGCAGAAGGGCGGUCAGCGCCGCACAGCAGCUCCAGAACUCCUGUCCUAGAUGAUCGUACGGUUAUGGCAGGUGAGCGCAGUCCUCUCCUGACCCAUGGGGUCUUUAGCGUGGUGGGGGAGGGUGGAGACUCCAGGAGAGCGUCCACAUCGGCUGGAGACACCUCCUCCAAAGCCAGCCCCCGAACCCUCAACACCUUCUUUGGGGUGAUGGUGCCCACCAUCCUUUCCAUGUUCAGCAUCAUCCUCUUUCUGCGUACAGGUUUUGUCAUUGGUCAUGCAGGUCUUCUCCAGGGUCUGCUCAUGCUGGGUGUUGCCUAUUUCAUUAUCUCCCUCACAAUCCUGUCCAUCUGUGCCAUUUCCACCAAUGGGGCGGUGGAAGCGGGCGGGGCCUACUACAUGAUCAGCCGAUCUCUGGGACCGGAGUUUGGGGGCAGCAUUGGGCUCAUGUUUUUUUUGGCGAAGGUGUGUGCGUGUGGGGUCUAUGUGCUUGGCCUGGUGGAAGCAAUUUUGGAUAUUUUCGGUCAGGAUCCAGCGGUGGGCAUGGCGCAGGGUGUGCGUGUGCUCCCUCAGGGUUACUGGUUCUCAGUGCUGUACUCCUCCGUGCUGCUGCUGCUGUGUUUAGUGGUGUGUUUGGUUGGAGCUCAUAUCUACGCUAAAGCCAGCUUCAUCACCCUGCUGGUGGUCACUGUGGCCAUCCUGUCCAUCCUCAUCAGCCCGCUGCUGGUCGGCCCUCGUCACUUCAGCUUCACUCACACGCUGGAGCACAACCGCUCCAUCACACACAACGGCACCUACACAGGCUUCAACAGCAGCACCCUCGCCAACAACCUCGCACCGGGCUACUCACUAGACUACAGCACUAACAGGGUGAUGUCAUUUUCCACCGUCUUCGCUGUGAUGUUCACCAGCUGUACGGGUAUAAUGGCUGGAGCCAACAUGUCAGGUGAGCUGAAAAACCCCAGUGUGGCCAUUCCUAAAGGCACCAUCAUAGCUGUGCUCUACACCUUCACAGUUUACGUCCUCCUCUUCCUCCUUACCAGCUCCACCUGUGACAGGUUGUUGUUGAUUAAUGACUAUGGUGUGUUCCAGCGUAUAAACGUCUGGUCUCCAUUUGUGAUUGUUGGCGUUUACUGUGCCUCUCUGUCUGCAGCGAUGUGCUCCUUGAUCGGAGCAUCACGCAUCCUUCAUGCCCUUGCAAUCGAUCAGCUGUUUGGUUUGCCCUUGGCCCCUGCAGCCAUCACCUCUCAAUCAGGAAACCCCUGGGUGGCCGUGAUCUUCACUUGGGCUUUGGUUCAGUGCACAGUGUUUGCUGGUCAGCUAAAUGUGAUCGCAGGGUUGGUGACUGUGUUUUAUCUGCUGGCGUAUGCUGCAGUAGACCUGGCCUGUCUGGCACUGGAGUGGGCCUCCGCUCCCAACUUCAGGCCUACGUUUCAGCUCUUCUCGUGGCACACGUGUCUGCUGGGCAUGCUGAGCUGUCUGGUGAUGAUGUUUGUGAUAAAUCCUGUUUACUCCUCGGCCAGUAUAGUGCUGCUACUGCUGCUGCUGCUUUUCCUCCACUAUAGAUCACCCACCAGCAGCUGGGGAUACAUAAGCCAGGCUCUGAUCUUUCAUCAGGUGCGCAAGUAUCUGCUGAUGCUCGACUCCAGGAAGGAUCAUGUGAAGUUCUGGAGGCUGCAGGUGCUGCUGAUGGUGGCUAACCCACGCUCCUCCUGCCAGCUCAUCAGCUUCGUCAACCAGCUGAAGAAGGGGGGCCUGUUUGUCCUGGGACAUGUGCAGCUUGGAGACUUGGACAUGUUGCCUGCAGACCCUGUCCAGCAGCAGUAUAAUUUCUGGUUGAGUCUGGUGGAUAAACUGGGAGUAAAAGCAUUUGUGGAUCUUACUCUCUCUCUCUCAGUCAGGCAGGGAACUCAGCACCUGCUGCGCAUCACCGGACUGGGUGGCAUGAAGCCAAACACCUUGGUCUUGGGGUUCUAUGACAACUCUUACCCUGAGGACUACUUCCUACAGGACCCUGCAUUCUGCGAUGGCACAGGGGAUGGCCCGGGCGGUCCCGAGGGAGAUAAUUUCGGAGUGGACCUCCCGUCCUUGCAGGCUCACUUCCCUCCUGUCCGUCACACUGAAAGCCCUCGUUCUCUGCAGCCAGAGGAGUAUGUGGGCAUCAUCUCUGACGCCAUAAAGAUGGGCAAGAACGUGUGCCUGGCCCGCUACUUCCAUCAGCUGCCACCUGAAGGAAAAGGAAUGACCUUGAAAUCCAGAGACAGUAUGGACACCAUCGACGUGUGGCCGUUUAAUCUGCUGAGUGCUCAAGGCAGCGGUAGCUUUGCUGACGUCUGCAGCCUUUUCCUCCUGCAGAUGGCAUGCGUUUUAAAUAUGGCCGCUGGGUGGCGCAAGGCGAGGGUCCGCAUCUUCUUGUGUGUGGAGGCGGAGUCUGGAGACCAAGGCUGGCUGGCCAAAGAGGAGAGAUUCCGGGACCUGCUCGGAAAGCUGAGGAUCCGAGCGACAAUUAAGAUCGUAGCUUGGGACUCUGUGAUGCGAAUGCUUCGAGGAACCGAUCCCACAGCGCCCCCUUCAGUAUCGGAGGAGUUCUUAAAUAAGGUCAACUUGCUCCUGAAAGAGCACAGCAGCACCGGGGCUGUGCGCUUCCUCUAUCUGCCUGGGCCACCUGCCGAUUCCAGCCAAUCACAGCAGUACUUGGCACAGCUGGAUGCCAUCACUCAAGGGCUCGGCCCCACCCUUCUGAUUCAUGGACUGACACCUGUUACAUGUACUGAGCUCUGAGUGUACUGAGUGUGUAUGUGUGUUGUUGAUGUAGAUUGAAGCUAUAGUUUGACUAAAAGCCCAGUUCUUAAGGUUC